AUGGCAGUCACAGAGAAUGGAGACGUCCGAAUUUCCUGGGACAUGACUGUUUACACUGAUAAGAAGCUGAUUCAUAAUCGACCGGACAUUAUAGUGCUGAGAGAUACACAGGAGUGGACACGAACUGACAUAGGUAAACCAGCGGACCAGAACAUCAUCAAUACUGAGGAAGAGAAAGUGGAUAGAUAUCAGGAUCUAGCAUCCACAAUUAAGAGAAUCAACAGCGCAUCGAAAGUGUCAGUGAUACCAAUGGUGAUUGUUGCACUUCGAACAAUUUCGAAGAACGCAAAGAUCUGUCUUGGGAAAUUAGAUAUACCUGACAUCAUUGGAAGUACACAGUUAUCGGCCAUCCUCGGAACAGCACACAUAUUGCGGAAAGUGCUGUGUCUCUAA